AAAGAAAAGUCAAGUCUGGCUUCAUUUGAGAAACGGCCACUUUCUGCUGGGACCAGAAACAGUUAACAGUCUUCCCGCCCGCAUGCAAUCAAAGUCUCCAGAAAAAAAAACUAAACAGUGUGAAUAUGGGUGACAAAUAAAAACAGUAGGAGGCUAUUUGAGAGUUUAUACGUUUAGCCUUCAGGGCGUUAAUGAUGAUGGGCGUUGAGCUAAUAAUAUAGACAAUUAAUAAAGAGACAGGUGAGGUAACGUUAACGUUAUAAUAUACCGUUUCCUUGUGGGCUGGAACGAUGGCACUGAAUUUCUACAUUAGACUGUCUGAGUUUAACUUUGCAACAGUUAACCAGCUGUUUCAUUCUUAACUUCAUGUAAUCUAGACUAGUAUUGCGGUAGCAGAUUAAAAAAAAUUACAGCUCACAGUUGUGUACGUUACAAUUACAGUAAAAAUGAGCAUGCUAAGUUGUUCAAGAAAAGUUGAACCGUUUAUGUCGCUCGCUUCUUUGCCACAUACAUCAGUAUUAUAAUGCGGAAGUCGUUAACCAUGCCGAUUUCAAUGCAAGAAGAAGGGUCAAUCUACGAUGAUAACCGUAUCAAAAUCCGUUCAAUGCCACUGACUUGAAUUCAACCACUCCCAUAAAUGAAACAAAAUUAAGAGCCUUAUCGCACAACAAACUGGGGAGUUUUCUGUGAAGGUGGAAAAGCAAGGACUCCAAACCAUGAAGAGCUCAGGAAAACUGAUAGGACUGAUCAUAGCUGUACUCUUUACUGUCAUGUCCAGCGGAGAAGAACUUGCCUUAGAUGACCCACAGCUGACCCAGCAGGAAACUGAAAAAGACCUUAUUGAAGCUAUGACAGCACUUUUAGGAAGAUACCAGAAUCAGAACUAUCCACCAUCAACAGAAAAACGUGGCAUUCCACAGUGUGCUGUGGGGUCACGCUGUGCAUUGAAAUUUGGUCCACGCAUUGGGAAACUUUGUGAAUGUGGCAGAGGAUCCAACUGUAACUCGUUCCUCUUAAAAUGCAUCUGAAUCACUAUAAGGAGCAGCAAAUACCUAAAUUCUGCAUUUUCAUCUACAAAAUCUCCUAAACUAUUUAAAUCAGCAUGACAGCUGGAAUGAAGCAUGUUUCUUAUUUUAAUUUUGUUAUGAGCAUAAAUGG